AUGCUGGUGGAGAAAGAUAUGGAUUGUAUGUUAGUUGUUGGUGGUUGGAACUCGAAUAAUACAUCGCACCUUCAAGAGAUAGCUGAGGAACGCGGAAUUCCUUCUUACUGGAUUGAUAGUGAGCAAAUAAUUGGUCCAGGAAACAGAAUAGCACAUAAAUUGAAUCAUGGCGAACUUGUGGAGAAAGAAAACUUUCUACCAAAGGGUCCAUUAAGGAUUGGUGUAGCAUCUGGUGCAUCUACACCAGAUAAGGGUGAUAUUGGAAUGCAGCAAAUGGGAUUGCAGGCUCGUCUUAUGAGCCAAGCUUUGCAUAAGAUGUCUGGAAUUUUCUUCAAAGCUGGUUGUCCAUAUAUAAUAUAAGAUUGGUGUCUACAAUGGAAAUGGCGGAAUUGCAUUGAAGUUUUUUGCAUUGGAUUGGCUAGAAGUUUGUCCUAUAAGGGAAGAUAAAGUCAUUAAGCACAAUAACCUUUUUCACCACAUUCUGGUUAUAUUUUAUCUUAAACUUUCUGUUGCUAUUUGGUCUUUCUACUCCAAAAUAUAUUUGUUCCUAAUAUGAACAACUAAUCUGCAUUUUGACUACAUUUUAGGCCGAAAGAGAUAAAGAAACUGGCCUUUAAGUUCGUUUAGGAGUCCAAAAGAGCAAGGUAACCACAACAUUCCUCUAUGUGAAGUUUUUUCUUUUCAGAAAUACGUUUGAAUCUAACUACCAAGUAUAUUCCCAAACUUUUCUACAUAGUUAGUUUUCUUUGUUUUUGCAAUUCCAACAAUUUUUUUUUUCAAUUCCCACCUUCCAUUGACUUGCUCAUUCACUUCAGUCCCUUAAUUUUGUUUUUGCCACUUCUUUUGUUAUCAUUUUCUCUCUCUAUUUUCCGGUCAUUUGAGAUAUAUAUUAAUAAGAAUAUCUCCUAAAUUAGAAGCAUAAUGGAGAACUAGAAUCUGCUGUCCUUUCCUAAAUGGGUAUCCCUCACAAAUUAUGAAAUCACAAGACCGACCUGAUCACAAGAAACCAUCAUUUGGCUAAUCUUACUAAAUAUCGGGACCAACCACACCGACCUGAUCUUUCUGCUCCUCAAAGCUUUCAAUUGUAAGUUAGAUUUGACCAGCUGAUAAUUGCCGCCGAACUUGAACUCUAGCAGGUUGGCAAUUUUCACCUUUCUUUACAUAUUCAAGGUGUUUGUUUUAUACUUUAUUGAUGUUGUCGGCAGACCUGACAUGGUCAGAAAAACACUGAAACCAUCCAAGAUGAGUUUUUACUACGAUAAGUUGACUGAAAUAUAUCUCCAAGUCAUUUAUUAUUAUUAUUAUUAUUAUUAUUAUUAUUAUUAUUAUUAUUAUUAUCAGAAGAAGAAGACUCAGAAAGCUACAAACAAUGA